AGCCGAGCAGGCGGAGCUGCGCAGGACGUACGCUCUUCACUUCCAGCUCCCGCAGAUGGUUUUCCAGCUGCUUUUGUGACUGUUUCUGGAUGUCCUGGACAGGCUCCUGAGGUCGGGCAGAGAUGCUGAGCGGAGAUGUGGUCGCCGUGUGGGAGGUGGCGCUGAGCGACGGCGUUUACAGGAUUGAGUUCGCUCAUGGCACCACGACCGGAAAAAGGAUUGUUUAUGUCAAUGGAAAGGAAGUCAUCAGAAAAGACUGGAUGUUCAAGCUGGUUGGAAAGGAAACCUUCACAGUGGGAGGUGCGAACACCAAAGCCACCAUCAACAUCGAGGCCGUGAGCGGCUUCGCCUACGAGUACUCGCUGAACAUCGACGGAAAGAGUCUGCAGAAGUUCAUCGACGACAGAGCCAAGACCACCAAGACCUGGCUGCUCAAAGUGGGCGGAGAGGACUACAGGGUCGUCCUCGAGAAGGACACCAUGGACGUUUGGUGCAACGGACAGAAGAUGGAAACGACGGGAGAGUUUGUGGACGAUGGCACAGAGACGCACUUCAUGGUCGGGGGGCACGAGUGCUGCAUCAAGGCUGCGAGCGGAGGGCAGAAGAAGAGCGGCAUUGUGCACCAUUUACUGCUGGAUGGCGAGAGAGUGGGGGCGUAUGCACAAUAGAGCUGCAGCAGCGGGCCGAGGAGCUCCGCUUUCAGACGCUCAGUGAGGUGUUUGAACGUAGCAGCACAGGAUGAAGACCUAUUUGGUGACGAACAGAAGCUGAUUUGUUCCUGGAGAUGCAACAAAUAAACUCUGACAUGCGCAGCAGGCACACUCCCACUUGUUUCUAUGCUUCAUUCAGGAGUUGUGAUGAUGCUUUUAUUUUGAAGGAGUGGGCAUGGAACGCUAAGUGUUGGUGCGCAGCCUCCACGCAACAACUGUCCUCAGUGAGGACAUAGAAAACCGGAACAAUUAAGGUUGGAAGUUCAAAAUAAAAGUACAACAAAGAAAGUUUUUUUUGUUUUUUUUUAAUCUCGAGGAAGUCUGUAAUAUCACAAUAACGGUAUCAGAUAUGAAAUGACUGUAGCUUUAAACUAAAACUGAAGGAACCACAAAAAUUAAUAUUUUUCUCUCUUUGAGGUAAUGACAAACAGAACUUUAAACUUUGCAUUUGUGAGAUUUAUUUAUGGAUUUAAAAAUAAUCUCUGUAGAUAAACAAAACUUUAACCCACAAUUUAUUUCUUAGUAAAACAUGACAACGUUUUACUCCCCUGUUCUGCAAAUAUUCAGGUUUAGCCCUUUAAUUUCUCCUACAUUUGAGAUUUAGACUGAAGAAAUAUUAAGCAACUUUAUUUUUUUGUCAUUUUUCAAAUUGUUUUCUGAGACAGUAAUAAAUCUGUUAGUUGGGAAAAUAGCUGCUAGACUCACAGACUCAUUAAACAACAGCUCUGUAACAUUUAAUUUUGUAUUGUGUCUUGGAAAUAAUAAACUCUCACAUAUACAACUGA